AUGGUGAACAUUUUACCCUUCCUCGGGCCACCAAGGCAGCCGGCGCCACGGCGCACGGCCAAUGGGAAGCCGGAGGAGGAGAAGCCGGGCUUCUUGCAGCGCAUCGCGACCCAGAGGGGGGGAGAACAGGGGCCUCGCAGGGCAGCAGGCAGAGGCAUCAUCGUGCCUGGGCAGCAGCUGCCCCACAUCACGCUGAACACCGUCCAGGACGACAUUAUGCAGUACGAACAGGACGACUCAAAGUUCCACCAAGGUGUCGUGCAGCAUGCCGAUCGGCAGGAUCAUAUUCGGACAUCUGUAACUAUGCUCUUCGAGGAUGCGCCCAACUGGGCUUUGUGUAAAUUGGAAAUGGGUGGGAAGCUGGAGAUCGGUGCGCCGACUGGCAAGUGGCAGAUGAUAGUGGUGUACCGCGGCAAGCACUGCCCUGUCAGCAAGAACUAUCUGGCCAGCCUGCAGCAGAUCAUCUACGAGCUGGAUGAGCUGGGCGUGGAGGUGGUCGCUGUGUCGGGCGACGGCCGUGAGCGCGCCGAAGCCUUCCUGGAGGCCCUGAAGGCCACCACAGAGACCAAGGAAGUCACCUUCAAGAUCGCCUACGGCCUGCCCCUGGACGAGAUGCUGGCGUGGGGCCUGUUUGUCAGCGAGCCGCGCAACCCGCGGGAGACGGACCAGCCCUUCCCCGAGCCGGCGCUGUUUCUGCUCAACCCUGACGGCGAAGUCAUCAUCAUCGAUUACUCCAACUCCCCCUUCGCGCGGCCAGACCUGCGCAUCCUCGUCGAGGGCAUCCGCUACAUCCAGGAGAAUGACUACCCAGUCCGCGGCACGUAUGGCUACUACUGA